CACAAGGGUGUUAGGUGGACGAGUAUAAAAGAGCCUGGUGGCAGUCCAUCAACAGCAUCCUCCUCGAGCUCUUCCUUUAGUCUUUACGAGAACGACAAUGAAGUCCACGAUUGCUUGUCUGUUGGUGUUGGCUGUUGCCACCCAAGCUCAAUUCUUCGGAUACGGUGGAUAUGGUGGAUACUACGGAAAUUACGGUGCCUAUCCGUUCGCCGGCGUCCGCGCCAUCACGGCCUACACUGGAAUCCCCGCAACUGCCGCCGUCCCCGCCGCCUUACCCGUCGCUUACGGCUACCCUUCUAUCUCCGCCACCCAGUACCACGCUCAGGACGAGCUCGGUCAGGCCAGCUUUGGCUAUGCUCACCCCGGACAGGCCGCCACUAACCUCCGUGACGGUUUCGGCAACCAGAUCGGCAGCUACGCUUACGUCAACCCGGAAGGCAAGGAAGUCCGUGUCUCCUACACUGCCGACUCCCGAGGCUUUCGCGUCCAAUCCAACGACUUGCCCGUCGCUCCCGUCGACAAUUCGGUAGCACCCCUCCCGGUCCAGGACACUCCCGAAGUGGCCAAGGCCAAGGCCGAUCACGCUGCCCUUGUCACCGCUGCCAAGACCGCCGCUACCCCGGCCGUCCGUGCUAAGCGCCAAGCAGUCUUUGGCUACGGAGCUGCUCCUUUCGCUUACCCCGGCUAUGCCGUCGUCGCUGCCCCAGCCAUGCCCGUCCGUGAGGCCACUUUGACCAAGGUCAUCCACACCCCUGGCCACGCAGUCUCUUACCGCGUCGACUAAAUUUUUGUUAAAUAGCAGAUCAAAUAUUUUUAUAUUCUUUGUCUUUUCCUUUAUUUCUGCGAAAUACAAUUUCUACGGAAAAUCGAAAUCAA